ACUACAUACAGAGGAAGUGUUGAGAACUGAACUUUAAAAGCACAUAAGCACACGAUUAAGAAGCCGACAAAACGUUCACGCGCAAGCCCACUCGUACUUUCAUGUCAAUUUGAUGCACAGUGUAAGAAUAGGUAGUUUUCAUCAACAUUCAAAAGUCACUAUCAUUCUGAGCCCUGUGUAGUAGAGUGCACUAGCACGAUGUCGACUCAGUCCAUCCCGCUUGUGGAUAACACUCUGGAACAAAUCAAUAGCAAAAAGAAGUCUACAAUCAGUCAGGAAAUAGGAAGUAAUAGUGCGGAUAUGCUCGAUACUAUAAGCGAUCCGAAAGCUAUCAAUGCUUCUCCAACGCCCCAACCGAAACAUAUGCCAUCGCUCAGCACAGGUCAUACAGACAGUUUCGGACUUCAGGGAUCAAAUGUUUCACUACCACCGCCACCUAUGAAUGAGAAUAUGCACCCCGAAGAUUUGAGCUAUACUAGGAAGAAGUUAGUGUUCUUCCUUUUGGUACUUCUGGAGGCUAUAGUGAAUUUUGACUCAGGCAAGUGGUUAGAAUGA